AUGAACAAAAAGGAAGAACCGAAAAUAAAAAUUACUGAUAUCGUUGGUAAUAUAGUGAAAGCAGAUCAAGGAUCAGUGAAAUCACCGCAAACGGGUCAUAAAUCUGGCUCAUAUCAACUCGAUGACGACGAUUUGGUAACUCUCAACAUCGGAGGUGUGCGACAUGAGACUAGAAUAUCAACGUUACUCAAGAAGCCUGAAACACGCUUGUAUGCGGUGGGAGAGGCCGCAAAAGCUAGUGGAAAGAAGGAAUUUUACUUUGACCGAAAUCCGCAGAUAUUUCCAUGUAUUUUGAAUUAUUACCGCAUCGGUAAGCUCCAUAUGCCGACGGACGUGUGCGGUCCGGCGGCUAAAGCGGAACUGGAUUACUGGGAGCUCGAGGACAAGGACAUAGAAGAGUGUUGUUGGGUCAACUACAUUAGCUAUGAAGAGACCAUGGAAAUGCUCGAGAAAUUCCAGUCGGACGAACGAGACAAAUUUCACCCCGUGUACGUUUCGCCAGAAGCUUCCUUUUUUGCCAAAACUAAACCCCGACUGUGGAGGGCAUUGCAGGACCCCUAUAGUUCUAGAGCCGCAAUGGCAUUCGCCGUCAUCUCGCUGUUUGUUGUGCUGGUGUCAAUCACGGUGUUCGUGAUAGAGACGCUGCCCUACUUUGGCUCCGUAUUCGUCCACGCCUCUAAAACCGACCUCAAUAUCACCAGCGAUGACCUGCGGCGGGAGAUGGACAUCUUCACCGACGUCACACCCAACGACAUCCUGCUCAUCAUUGACAACUCAUGCAAUGCUUACUUCUUCAUUGAGUUCGUGAUCAAACUCCUCGCUUCGCCAAAUAAGACUAAGUUUUUCAAAAGUCCGUUGAUUGUUAUUGAGAUGUUAUGUUUGAUACCUUACUACAUCGGAAUACUGAUAGUGAUGGUCCAUCCAGAUCCCAUCAAAGUCUUUCUCUUGGUAAGGGUUCUUUUUGCAACGCGAGUGUUACGAAUUUUUCGCAUUUUCGUGUUAAUGAAACAUUUUCUGGCUUUAAAAAUAUUGAUAUUUACGAUCAGAGCAAGCACAAAAGAACUUUUCUUACUGCUCAUUGUGCUUAUAAUUGGUGUAAUAAUAUUUGCAUGUCUCGAGUAUUAUAUGGAAAUAUUCUCGAAUAUUGAAUCGGAAUUCGAAACCAUCCCGUUAGCAUUCUGGUGGGCGUUGAUCACCAUGACAACAGUUGGUUACGGUGACGUCAAACCAACGUCCGGACUUGGUUACUGUGUUGGUGGUCUGUGUGCCAUCAGCGGCGUGCUGGUUAUCGCUCUUUCCGUUCCUGUUAUUGUGAAUAAUUUUACGGUCUAUUACACACAUGCGCAGUCACGCGAAAAACUCAAACUGCGCAGAAAGAAGUUUGAACAGACUGAAAAAUGGCAACGGCUCAAGGCGGGGUUAAAAUCAAAACUUAAGAAUGGUGCAUUAAAUGGAAUUUUAAAUGGCAUAAAGAAAAGAAACAAUAUAAUUCCAACGGCUGGAACUCCUGUGGCCAAAAUUCCUUUUUUGAAGCUCGGGGGAGGGCAAAGUUCCAGAGCUGACUCAGAUAAUGAACAAGUCAUGCCAAACACUGCACGCGAUGUUGUUCUAGAAGAUGUCAGUGAAACAAUUAAUGGAGAGUCAACCACCGAAAUUGAAACUGAAGCUGAGACUCAUAUUGGCAACGGAACUAUUUCUUGUGUUGUUCAGGAAAUGGACUCAACGUCCAACAGUGCAACUGACAUUAGUCCACGGCCUAAAACGGUUUUGAACGGUACUACAAAAUUCUUUGAAGGAGCAUUUAAAAAACCCGGGUUUUUGAAAAGUACUUUCAAUGGCAAAAGUCCUAAAGGCUUAUCUAAAUUAGCCGACUCCAAGACGUACAAGAAGUGGAAAUAA